CAGGUGAUCCACCGAUUACUGCAUGUAGGUUGGACUGUAAGAAGAAUACGAAAUGACAUUUUGUAAAUACAGGAGCAUCGUUUUUGGAAUACGCAUGGAUGGAAAAUGCACCAGGUACCAUCAGCUCGCGUGGUGACGCGCUGAAUCACUGGGGGAUUAGAGGGUUUAUUGUAUAUUUAUGAUCAAAUAUCAACAGUGAGCGCUUGGUCACAUCAUGGGGCUGUGCUACAGUUUGCGUCCCCGUUUGUUUGGGGAACUCAGUGGAUCCAUUUCCAACGCCAACUCGGAGUCGGACCACCAGCCUCCGGAUGCAGGGAUGACGAUGAAGCCGUCCUGCGUCCGGGGAUCGCGGCAGCAAGAUGAUGACUCCGGGGGGAACAACGGCAAGACAUCAUCCACCUCGCCUUUACGCACCGGGGACGCCAGUAAGAUCCCGACCGUGGAGCCCCGCCAUGGAUACGCGGACAGAGCAGUCAUCCAGAACGGGGGUGGAGGAGGAGGCGGGAAGAGGAGGCUACAGCUGCUCCAGACGCCCUGCAGCGCCCAAAAACAGAAGACCUGGGAUAAACUGGUGGUGGUGGAAGAGAAGGAGGCCGAGAAGGAGGCCAAUAAAGUCAGUAAGAACAUUGACAGGGCCUUGAAGGAACUCAAGCGGGAGUAUAAACAGACUCAUCGGCUGCUGCUCUUAGGGGCUGGUGAGUCGGGGAAGAGCACUAUCGUUAAGCAGAUGAGAAUACUUCAUGUCAACGGGUUUAAUGCAGAAGAGAAGAAACAGAAAAUUCUAGACAUUCGUAAAAAUGUGAAGGACGCCAUCGUGACCAUAGUGUCGGCAAUGAGCACUUUAAUACCACCCGUCCCACUCGCUAAUUCAGAAGACCAGUUUAGGAUCAACUACAUCAAAAGCAUAGCUCCACUCUCUGAUUUUGAUUACACACAGGAGUUUUUCGACCACGCAAAGAAGCUUUGGGACGAUGAAGGCGUUAAGGCGUGUUACGAACGGUCCAAUGAGUAUCAACUAAUCGACUGUGCGCAUUAUUUUCUUGACCGGAUCGAUGCCGUAAGACAAAGUGACUAUACUCCAACAGAUCAGGAUUUGCUUCGCUGCAGAGUGUUAACAUCAGGGAUUUUUGAAACACGAUUUCAAGUAGACAAAGUCAACUUUCAUAUGUUUGAUGUGGGAGGUCAGAGAGAUGAAAGGAGAAAAUGGAUUCAGUGUUUUAAUGACGUCACAGCGAUCAUCUUUGUGGUAGCGAGCAGCAGCUACAACAUGGUCAUAAGGGAAGACAACAACACAAACAGACUACGGGAAGCACUUGAUCUUUUUCGCAGUAUCUGGAACAACAGAUGGUUACGGACGAUUUCUGUCAUAUUGUUCCUCAACAAACAGGACAUGCUGGCAGAGAAAGUUUUAGCUGGGAAAUCCAAAAUUGAAGAUUAUUUCCCUGAAUAUGCUCGCUACACCAUACCAGACAAAGUAACUCCAGAACCCGGAGAAGACCCCAAAGUGACAAGAGCCAAGUUUUUCAUUCGUGACGAGUUUCUGAGGAUCAGUACAGAAAACGGAGAUGGCCGUCACUACUGUUACCCCCAUUUUACAUGUGCAGUAGACACAGAAAACAUCCGGCGGGUCUUCAACGACUGUCGAGACAUCAUCCAGAGAAUGCACCUGCGGCAGUAUGAACUCUUGUGAUCUCACCCUGACUCGCCCGGGACCCUUGUGCUCUUUAUAAACCUGUCGUCAAACUCCCCCUGCCCAGCCCACACCCAAAACGAGGCCAAAACCGCAGACGAAGAAUACUACUGAUGUAUGGAAGACCACCCUUCUCUCUUUUAGUUAUUAUUUUUGUUAUAUCAUUAUUUAGGGCAGUUGGGUGGAUGAGGAGAAGUGUCACUGGGUUUUUUCCCCAUGUUUUUAUUUUAUUCAUUGUUUUUCGAUUACCUUUAUUUUUGCCAUUCCAUGAAGCCUCUGGCUACCUCCUUAUUUCUUAUUAAAAUUAUUAAGUAUAUAGUCGUGCAUAUACGUGCUGGUGCCUGCCAGUUUAUGAAGAUUGCAUCAGUUGUGACCUCCAGGAGCCCUAGUCUUGCACCCAAACCUUGACCUUCUGACCUUUAGGGCUCUCUGCUGCUUUCUGUGUCUGAACACUGAAGAGCGCCCACGGACAGAAGCGGGGAGGGUUGGUGGGGGGCGGGGCUUGUCGGACACUGGGAAAAGGAGAACAAGACAACGACGUGAAGUAAUGCACUUUUUCAUCAGGUUUUGAUUGACGUUUUUGCUUUCUGAAGAUGGACACAAUGUAGCAUCACAACAUGAAUUUCUGUCCCACUUAAGGAUGCAGAUCCUCUUCAAUGCAUAAGGAGGUGGAGCCUUCAUAAUGAGGUGGCAGGGCUCUUGGAACAUUAUUAGAGUCGCAGUCUGACCACAUAAAGACAAAAGUCCUUCUUAACUGUCCACACACUUGUCUAUCAAGACCCCAUUUCUUAUUUUAGUUUCUUAACUUGUACAGACUGUGCAAGGGUUUUGUUUUUCUGUACAGACUAUAAAAUGUUAUAUUAUUUUGUACAACUUUAUCGAAAGAGAGUAAAAAAUCUACUUGUAGAUCUUUGUGCCUUGAUUAUGGCUGUACCUGUAAAUGAAGCUGAGACAUGUUUUUGACUGCGCUGUACAGCUUGAUGUCACCCCUGUCGGCAGAAUGGACUGUGGAUGGGGACUUACUCUGUAGAGUUUCGUUUCUUUUUCGUUCCUUUAUUCGUAUGUUUAUCUGCUUUGUUUAUAUAAAAAGAGAAAAAGUUA